CGCAGAGAAGGAGGAAGAGCUCGGCGGCUGCCGUGGUGCCGAGGGAGCGGCACGGGGCACCGAGCGGGUGGGCCUGGCCGGUGGGGCUGGGGAGCGGGCGCAGCGGGGUGGGUGCUGAGCCCGUACGGCCGCCCCGACGGGCAGCGUGUGCCGGGCAGGGCUGCCGGCGGCCCCCGUGGAAGGAAGCACAGGGCGGACGGUGCAGCAUCGCAGCUCCGGUCCUGCUUGGCUGCACUCCGAAAGCUCCGCUCACUGCUCCCAGCACCCUGCAAGAGCCCACAGGAGCCCCACAGCGCAUCUGCAAGGGACGGCUGGAACCCCCCGUGAUGAGGAGCAUCUGGACCCCCAGCCUCCCCCAGCUGCCCCCCCGAUCCUGCUCCUGCUACGCUGCCUUGCCAUGGGACACCCCGUUCCCAUGAGCAUCACCUGGGUGGCUGCACAUCACCCUCUGGGACCUCCAGCCACCUGCUUGUUCGGGUACCAGGGGGCUGGUCCCCCCACGCCGCCCCCACCUUCACCUUCCCCAACCGACCCCAUGGGCCAGCCGAUGGCCAGCAUCCGCUGCUGAGCCCCAAUGCGGGGCUGGGAUGGGGACACGCGCAGCUGGUGUCCCACUGCUUUGGAGGAUGGCGGCAGCAAGCUGGUACCACCGGGACAUCAGCCGGGUGGUGGCGGAGGAGCUGCUGGCCAAGGCCGGGCGGGACGGCUGCUUCCUGGUGCGGGACAGCGAGUCGGUCUCGGGGGCGUAUGCCCUCUGCCUCCUGUUCCAGCGGCAUGUCCACACCUACCGCAUCCUCCCUGAUGACGAGGGGCUGCUCUCCGUCCAGACCAUCCAGGGCAUCCAGGCCAAGUGUUUCCGCACCCUCCCCGACCUGAUCGGCGCCUACCAGCAGCCCAACAACGGGCUGGUGACGCCCCUGCUCUACCCCGUGCACCGGGCCAGGCAGGCGGCCGACGAGGACUCAGACGGGGAGGACGGCCGAGGCAGUGGGCACACGGCGAGCGCGGUCCCGACCUGGGGAGCCGGGACGGGCGCGUGGCUCAGCGCUCCCAUCGCCGGCCGGACCCACAUCUCGCAGCAGCUGCACCAGAGGCUGCAGGAGCAGGUCCACAGCAGCCCGGCCAGUGACUUCAUGGGCUUCAUGGCCGAGUACCUGAACCACCACCUGCAGCUGGACCUGGAGGCUCUGCGCCAUGGGCACCCGCAGCUGCGCCAUCUCAGCACCGCGCUCGUCACCGCCUGCCGGGCGCUGCACAGUGAGAUUGACUUCACGCUGGCGGGACUGGAGACACUGGCCAGGGUGUUUGACCCCCCCGCGUCCCCUCGCAGCCCGGCCAGGGAGCAGGGCCUCCUCACCAGCGAUCCAGACCUUGAGCUGCUCCUCAACAAGAUAUCUACUGUCAACCAUCUCCUCUCUUCGCUGGAGAAGAAGGUGCUGAAGUCGCUGCAGGAGACGGUGUCGAGACACAACCUGGCGCUGCCCUGCGUGGCAGCGGUCCCCCCGCCGACCGCCAAGCCCCUGGCCGUGCAGAGCUUCGAGGUGAAGGUGGGCAAGCUGCAGCGGGCGGCCCUGACGGUGGACGUGGAGUCGGGCACGGUGGCCAUCACCAAGAAGGGCAGCGGGUCCCCAGAGGAGACCAUCCCGCAGGACAAAAUCCUGCAGCUGAUCAAAUACCAGAGCGUGCAGAGCAAGGUGAGGCUGGUGUACGACCGGGAGCCGCAGAGGAGCCUGAGCAGAGACUUUGUCUUCCCCAAUGCACGGAAGCGAGAGGCCUUUUGCCAGCUGCUGCAGCUGAUGAAGAUCCAGCACUCCAACCUGGAUGAGCCUGACCUCAUCUCGGUCUAUGUUGGGACAUGGAACAUGGGCAGCACCCCACCACCCCGCUCCCUCGCCUCCUGGCUGACCUCAAGGGGCUUGGGGCGCACGCAGGACGAGACCACUGCCUGCAUCCCCCACGACAUCUACGUUAUCGGCACCCAGGAGAACUCCCUGGGUGACCGCGAGUGGGUCGAGUUCCUCCGCGCAUCUCUGAAGACCCUGAUGGCCAUCGACUACCGCGUGGUCGCCCUGCAAUGCCUCUGGAGCAUCAAGAUCGUGGUGCUGGUGAAGCCCGAGCACGAACGGCGCAUCAGCCACGUCCACACCUCCAGCGUGAAAACCGGGAUCGCCAACACGCUGGGGAACAAGGGAGCUGUGGGCGUCUCCUUCCUCUUCAAUGGGACCUCCUUUGGUUUCAUCAACUGCCACCUGGCCUCUGGCAGCGAGAAGACCCACAGGCGUAACCAGAACUACAGUGACAUCCUGCGCUCCCUGGUUCUGGGUGACAAGCGUCUCAGCGCCUUCGACCUCACCCUGCGCUUCACCCACCUCUUCUGGUUCGGGGACCUCAACUACCGCCUGGACAUGGAUGUGCAGGACAUCCUUGCCCACGUAACCAAGAAGGAGUUUGAAACCCUCCUGGCUGUUGACCAGCUCAACCUGGAGCGGGAGAAGAACAAGGUGUUCCUGCGAUUCAGUGAGGGUGACAUCUCCUUCCCGCCCACGUACCGGUAUGAGCGGGGCUCCCGGGACAGCUACAUGUGGCAGAAGUUCAAGCCCACGGGGGUGAGGAUCAAUGUCCCCUCCUGGUGUGACCGCAUCCUGUGGAAGUCACACCCAGAGACCCAUGUAGUCUGUAAAUCCUAUGGCUGCACCGAUGACAUCGUGACCAGUGACCACUCGCCCGUCUUUGCCACCUUCGAGGUGGGAGUAACGUCGCAGUUUGUGCCAAAGAAGGCCCCCGGAUCCGACCCCGAGCCCCUGGCCUGCAUCGAGUGGGAGAGCAUCGAGGUGAUCGUGAAAACCGCCAGCCGCAGCAAGUGCUACAUCGAGUUUCACUCGUACUGCCUGGAGGAAGCCCAGCGGAGUGGGGAGAACACCUCCCAGAGCUGCGACAUCCCCGGCUUCCUCAAGUUGGCCUGGUCCGCAAAGAGUCUGCCUAUGCUGCACCCCAUCCUGCCGGACCUGGAGUACCUGGGGGACCAGCACCUGCUCCUCAGCAUCAAGGGGGUGGAGAGCUGCGAGUCCUACGGCGAGUGCUGCAUCGCCAUGAAGUCGAUGAUCGGCAGCAUGGCCCAGCAGUUUGAGACCUUUCUCUUCCACCGCGGCGAGGAGACGGGCUCCAUGCGCGGCUGGAUGAAGGUCCGGGUCCCCAAGGACAGGCGCAGCACCCGCGAGAGGCUCUACGAGUGGAUCAGCUUUGAAGAGGACGACGCCGAGCCGGCAGCAGAUGCCCCGACGUGCCCCAAGCCACCCCUGCAGCGCCUCAGGAGCCGGCCCCGCAGCCUUCCGGAGGCAGCCGCUGGCUACACCAACCCAGCCUACUUCAUCUUCGAGGGGGUCCCCAACACGUGGGUGCCAGCCCCCGGUGCCAGCGAAGCCCACGACAAGCAGAUGGAGAGCCCGGCCAGGGGCCAGCAGUGCCAGAGUCCCCCUGGGCCACGAAUACCUUUGCCAUCAGAGGAAGAGCGAUGGGGCAGCCGGCACCUCUGUGUGCCAGGGGGGCUGUCCCAUGGACACCCACGCAGCCCCCCUGGCGUGGGCCGGCAGAAGAGACCCAAAUCGGCCGUCCUGGCGAGGGACACACCGGGGCUGGGCGACUGCUCGCUGACAGCGCUGCACAUGGCCACCUGCCUGAGCCAGCUGGACUGGGCGUCCUCUGAACACGGAGGGGACAGCCAGAAGACCCUGCUGCGCCAGACCCACAACACCCUGAAGCCGCCCCCACGGCCCUGCCGGGAGGUGCCGAGGUGCACGCCGGAUACUCGCCAGCACGGCCACCUAGGAGAGUGGCCCUGCAACAGGGAGGAGUGGUCCGGUGGCGUUGGCAGGUGCCUGGGUCACCUCGGCUUGCAGCAGGACAAGGAAAGGCUGCAGGAACAUGGCUGGAACCACUUGGACUCCUACAGGUACCCCCAGGCACUGGAGAUUGGAAAGGGGGGCACCGUGCGAGCCAGCUCCUGUGGCCCUGGGGUCCCUGGCAGAGCCCCGCACCCCGGGGGGGAGGAGAGGUCUCGCUGCCUGUCUCCGUCCUCCCUCCCCAAAGCCGUGGAAGGACCAUGCUGAGCCCCACCAGCAAGGAGGGAUGGGGGACACGGGAGAUGUUCAGGCCACUUGGAAAGUGAGGACCUCUGGGUGCUUUGGACCUCGAGGCUCAGCCUCUUCAGGCAGCUGACUUGCAGCCUGCAAGGGCACAGCGCUAUCUGUGGCCAGCCCAGCCCUGUGGAUCCUCGUGCCUUCGGCCUCGGCAGCUGCUCCCUCCUCGCUGGGCU